CUGGUCAAACUUCAAAUGAAACUCCAGUUUCAGCUCCUACUGAUGUUUCUGUUUAUCGAUAAUGCUCCAUCUGUAUUGCAGCUGUGUGUGAAAGGCUACAGUGACAAGCAGCACAUCCUGCUGAGGAAGAUCAUGGAAAAGAUGACUACCUUCGAGAUCGACGAGAAGCGCUUCGAUAUCAUCAAAGAAGCGUACAUGAGGUCUCUGAAUAACUUCAGAGCGGAGCAGCCGCACCAGCAUGCCAUGUACUACCUCCGUCUGCUGAUGACCGAGGUGGCCUGGACCAAAGACGAGCUCAGAGACGCCCUGGAUGAUGUAACGCUCCCACGCCUCAAGGCCUUCAUACCUCAGCUUUUGUCACGGUUACAUAUUGAAACCCUUCUCCAUGGCAACAUCACAAAGGAGUCGGCUCUUGGCAUGAUGCAGAUGCUGGAGGACACACUCAUUGAGCACGCUCACACGAAGCCCCUCCUCCCGAGCCAGCUGACGCGCUACAGAGAGCUGCAGGUCCCAGACGGCGGCUGGUAUGUUUACCAGCAGAGGAACGAGGUGCACAACAACUGCGGCAUCGAGAUCUACUAUCAGACGGACAUGCAGAGCACCAACGACAACAUGCUGCUGGAGCUCUUCUGUCAGAUCAUCUCUGAGCCCUGCUUCAACACCCUGAGGACCAAAGAGCAGCUGGGCUACAUUGUGUUCAGCGGGCCGCGGCGGGCUAACGGAGUGCAGGGCCUGCGCUUCAUCAUCCAGUCGGAGAAGGCCCCCCACUACCUGGAGAGCCGGGUGGAGGCCUUCCUCUGCACCAUGGAGAAGUCUGUGGAGGAGAUGGCCGACGAAGCCUUCCAGAAACACAUCCAGGCCCUGGCCAUCCGCCGCCUGGACAAGCCCAAGAAGCUGUCUGCGGAGUGCGCCAAGUACUGGGGGGAGAUCAUCUCUCAGCAGUACAACUUCGACAGAGAUAACACCGAGGUGUCCUAUCUGAAGACGCUGACGAAAGAGAACGUGAUGCACUUCUACAGAGUAAGUACUCCAGCUUUAGAUCAGUCAGUGUCCCCCCCCCCCUCACUGACAGACAGUAAGCUUUUAACAAUGGAUACAUGUGUGUUAGUCAGAACACUUCUCAUAAAUCUAUGUGGAAGUAUGGUUUUGUGACAGUUGCUCUUUGAA